AUGAAUCUCUGCUCUAUGUGGUCUAAUGGUCUUUUACGUGCUAAUAUAUCGACAUUUCUCAGUUGCUCAUCUCGCUUAUCUAACUCAUUUCUAGGACGCAAAUCAGGCGAUAGAACUUCUGAUUUAAAAGAUAUUGAAAUCAAUUAUCAAACUGCGCGUAAAGAAGUUCCAAAUUGUUUCUUAUCCCAGUCAAGAAGGCUUUCACCAUCAAUCACUUGUUCACAUCGAAAUGUUUUGCCACGCCAAGUAUGGGUUGAAUCUCUUGACGAAGAAAGGGAACGGUACCUCGACAUUGUUGACCUUCAUCCAGAUGUUUUCGCCACAUUCCCCCGCCUUGAUCUUGUUCACCAGAACCUCUAUUGGCAAGCACACUAUCGCAUCGUUGAUUGGCGCUGUAUAACAACUCGUGCUGAUUUGGUACACCGUAGUCGUCGUAAACCCUGGCCACAGAAGGGUACUGGUCGUGCUCGUCAUGGGAACCGAAGGACGCAUAUUUUUAAGGGUGGUGCCCAGUGUAAUGGACCUCGUGGGCCUGAAUCUUUUUUCUCCAUUUUACCCUACUCAGUUAGACUCUAUGGAUUGCUUGGAAUGCUAAGUGCUAAACAAGCUCAAGGCGAUUUGCACAUUACAGAAGAUUUCACACUUUCCAAGGAUCUAGAAUCAGAAGCCAAUGAGAUCUACAAUCUGGCCAACAAACGGGCUCAAAACCGAUUUCGUCUGAAUCCUACAGACCCAAAUGAAGACGUUGUAAUUCAACGUUUGCGGUCUUUGGAAGAUCUCACAGCUCAAGAACCCAAAGCCAACAGCCUUGACGUCUUAACCUCCGCUAUCGCCCGGGAUAAAGAGGAGUCUGAGGAGUUGAUGGAUCUUAUUAGGGGUGGCCGAGCAGCCGAGGCUGCAAAUCUUGGGUAUCGUGCCGCACAGUACCUCAGAGAACUGGUGGAUAAACGCGGUUGGGGACCUGCUUGUCUCUUUAUUACAGAUGUGGAGACAUAUUUGGAUAGUGACGAAGAAACGAGCAGUGGUCUGGCUAUGGCUCUCGCUUGCGCCAGUUACGCUCAUUAUAUUGAAUCCGAUGUUGCACCGGAAUCGGCCGCAAUUCAAGCUAGACUUCGUGAGGGUUCCCAGUAUGCAGCACCCCGAAGUGUCCAUCCAGGUCGAGGAUUGACACUCAUGCCAGUUCAUGGAUUGAAUGUCUGGUCCAUGGUGCACCAUGAUAGUCUAAUUAUCUCCCGUCGGGCAUUGGAUGUACUGGAAUCACGUCUAUUGGCUGCUCAGCGUCGUGUCACCCCACCUGGCUACCAAUCAGCUUCUGAAUGGAGACCCCCGAUGGCUGGUGAUUGGUUUGUUGGGAGGGCUCACGAGGCCGACAGGAGUUAUAUGCCGAGCCGUCACUUCUCGGGUGGUUUGGGUGAUGUAAAUGAAUUGAAGCAGCGUUUGCAAUAA